AUGAUUCCUGAUUCGUUUCAAUCCAUGGAUGACAGCGCAAGCGAGUGCAGCACAGUUAUGACAGCCGCGCCCAUCGACCCAGUGGCGUACUGGAAACAGCAGGCCGCCGUGCGUCUCACGCAGCAGCACUGGGCGAAUGAGACCGAGGACACUGAUUCCGCUCAGUCCUGGCGCGACAAGGGCUGCGGCUCGUGGGGCGCCUUGGGCACAACCGCGUACGGUGCUGCGUGCGGUGCUGCGUGUGGUGCCGUGUACGGUGCCGCUUAUGGCGCUGCUUGCGGCGCCACAUACGCGGUUUGGGGUGGGGUGACCCCAACAGCGCCAACAGCAUCAACAGCACCAGCAGCAUCAACAGCACCAACAAACCAUGGAAACAGCACGGGCUCAGCAAACGGAGGGUUGAGCAAAAGUGGGCUGGGCCUAACCCUCAACAACAUGGGGGCGAAUAGGAUGGAGUGGCGGAGUAAGGAGAGCGACUCUCCAACUCAUUCGCUCACGUCCUCGCAGUCAGCAACAUCAGCGAACGAGAGUGCACAGGGUGCGGUAAGGGGUCCUUUGGUAACUGGCAGGGGUGGAGGAUGGGGGAUGGACACGGGCGAGGGCACCGGCGCUUUUGUUCGUGGUGAGUUUGAGUCUCUGCCUCAUGGGGGACAGGGGUUGCUUAGAGACAGUGCGGGCGAUGCAAUUGGUGGCUGGCGCUUGGGGAAAGAUGUGGGGGGGAGUGCAAGGGGGGACUUGGGAAAAGUUGUGGGAAAAGACAUGGGGGGUGGGGCCUCAAUAUGGUCGCAGUCAAGCUACGACCCACAGUCGGAACCGCACUCCAGUGUGCUGCGGUUGUCGAUAGCGGGGGAGAGCGGGAGCGAGUAUGUCCCCCCCGUGAGUGAGCUUGAGGUCGGUUUCUCCGAUAGUGUUAGCAAUGUGGGUGCGGCUGAUAGGGCCCGUGCCGCCGCUGCCCUUGCCCUUGUGGGGGUUAGGGGAGCUGGUGGUGGUGGGUUCAGCAUUAGUGCACGUGCCAGGCACACUGUGAGUGAGCUGCAAGUUGAAGACGAGGACGAGGACGAAGGGGAGGGGGAAGGCGAGCGCGAGGAGGACGAGGAGGAGGAUGAGGAGGAUGAGGAGGAGGAAGAUGAAGACGAUGAUGACGAUGAUGAGGAGGAGGAUAUGAAAUCCUCCCCCAACGCUGCAGCCACCGGGCACGCGUGUGCCACUGAUCAUAAGCACUCGCCUGCUAUUACGCGCUUCAUCAAGCAUCUCACAAUGAUGGGGAAGAACCAGAUCUGCGCACAGGACACUCAAUACAAGUGCCCCUCAUGCAGGGGUGGCAAGGGCGAGACCCACUGGUGGCCGGGCAUACACUCGCUGCUGCAGCACGCAGAGACAAUUCGUUCCAGACGAAUUAGUGAGCACCGGGCGUUUGCUGCCGCCGUGCAUGUGCAUCUGAGGGAGAGAGGGGUGGUGCUGGAGGGAGGGGGGGCCGGGAAGGAGGGGGAGGAGAGGAUGUUGCAGGGGCUGUGGCGCGGAGUGGAGGGGCGGAGGGCGGAGGAGGAAAAUGCGAUGGUGCUAUGGCCGCCCGUUGUGAUCGUUAGGAAUACUCGCUUGCAACCCGGGCCGGACGGGCGGGUGAGUGAUGAAGGAGGGUGGGUGGGCAUGGAUGGUUAUGAGCUGCAGCACCCCUUCCCUGACUACAAGCAUAUUGUGAAGGCCAAGCACGCCUAUGACCGUCAGGGCCAUCGAGGCAUGAGCGCGCUGGUGUUUGAUGCCACUCCCGACGGAUUUCGAGAGGCGGAGCAUCUGGCACAGCAGUUUGAAUGCGAGGGGCGCGGACGGCUGGGGUUCGCACGGCGGUUGGUGCCACUAGUGGACCGGUCUGGCAAGCGGAAUUUGUUUGGGUACUUGGCUACCCAGCAGGAUGUUAAUGAUUUUAACCGGUGCUGCAGAGGCAAGCCAGCACUGAAGGUGGAGGUGAGGCGGCGGUGGGAGGUGGUGGAGGAGCCGCUGCAGCGCAUGAAGGAGCAGGCGGCACAGGCGGAACAGUACAAAUCUCAUGUUGUUGAGGUGGGCUCAGUUCUUAGAAUGCUCAGUAGUGAAUUUAAGCGGCGGUGGGAGGUGGUGGAGGAGCCGCUGCAGCGCAUGAAGGAGCAGGCGGCACAGGCGGAACAGUACAAAUCUCAUGUUGUUGAGGUGGGCUCAGUUCUUAGAAUGCUCAGUAGUGAAUUUAAGCGGCGGUGGGAGGUGGUGGAGGAGCCGCUGCAGCGCAUGAAGGAGCAGGCGGCACAGGCGGAACAGUACAAAUCUCAUGUUGUUGAGGUGGGCUCAGUUCUUAGAAUGCUCAGUAGUGAAUUUAAGCGGCGGUGGGAGGUGGUGGAGGAGCCGCUGCAGCGCAUGAAGGAGCAGGCGGCACAGGCGGAACAGUACAAAUCUCAUGUUGUUGAGGUGGGCUCAGUUCUUAGAAUGCUCAGUAGUGAAUUUAAGCGGCGGUGGGAGGUGGUGGAGGAGCCGCUGCAGCGCAUGAAGGAGCAGGCGGCACAGGCGGAACAGUACAAAUCUCAUGUUGUUGAGAUGUCGCACCAAGUGGUGCAGCUGCGUAUUGAAUCGUCCCAGUUGCAGGAGCGCAGGCAGCAGCUGGAGUCAGCACUGGAAGCUGAGAGGCAGAGGCGCCUGCAGCUGGAGGGGCAGGUGGUGAGCACGGUGCAGCUGAUGCACAUCAAAGAAGCUGAAAUGGAGGCUAUAGUGGCACGUAACAAGCAGCUGGCUGCACAGCACGAGGAGGAGGUAGCGAGCAUGGAGGAGGCAUUUGCACGGAGGGAGGCGGAGAGGAGGUGCGGGGUGGAGGAGGAGAGAGAAACGGACCGGGAGCAGUGCGGCAAGGUGGGCAUUGCCGCCACCAACCGGACGCUCCAACGCCAGCUCUCUAGCUCUUCCGGGAUCAGCGACAGCCACAGCAAUGCUUUGCAUUGUAGUCUGCAGGCGCCGGCAGUGUUCAAGGCGGGGGUGGCGCAGCUGAAGGAGCACCAGCAGCAGCAGCAGCAGCAGCAGCAGCAGCAGCAGCAGCAGCAGGAGGACGUAAGGCUGCUCCCGUGUCAGGGGGGCAUCAAGCAGGCUGGGCUGGAAAUUCAGUCCGAGGAGGAGCAAGUGAGGUUGAGGACGUGUGUGAUUCUUCGAAGGAAGAGAGUGAGGUGGGGAGAGGGGAGGGGGCUGGGAUUGAGGUGGUGGGAAAAGAGAGGGCUGGGAGUGACGUGGUGGGAGGAGAGUGGUCUAGGAGUGAGGAUGGGAGAGGGGAGGAGGUAG